UCUGAUAACGGUGUAGUGCUUUGUUUACUGACUUUAAAUGAAUUUGUAAUGAAGUCAUUAAAGGAAUGUUCAUCAACAAUUCAGGAAACUAUGAUUUUAAGAAAUUUGCUUGAUUAUGUGGUUGGAAUUAAAUGCAAAUAUGUACAAGACGAGGCAGCCUUCCUUUUCGUAAUCCAUACUUUGCAAGAGCUAAUUAUCAGACAGUAUAAUUUCUCUCUUCGGCAAGCGAAUGAUUUUCUUUCACGGUAUAUUGAAUGGCUUUUGGCAGUACGCAGUGAUGAUAAACAAACUUCAUUGUUAUCGAUAAUCGGAUUUCGAUUUGUUUGUCAUAUAAUGGAACUUUAUCUUUCUCAACAAAUCAUUUCUACUGAUCAUUCUCCACGUACCACAGUAAAUGCACCUGUUAUAAAUAGUCGUAUCCAUGCAUUUCGAGAAUUGAGUCUCAAUAAGAAUUAUUCGCCAUAUCAGGGCGUUUUAUCGCUCGCAGAAGUUUUUUUCACGAAUGUGAGUACAUACAAUUUUCUACAUGCUAAUGAUUUGCUAAAAAAUAUUUCUAUUGCAUUAUAUCAAGAAAGAUUUUUUCGAUGUGAAUAA